AUGAGCGCUCUAUUCCCCGCGGACGAAGACAUCUACAGCGACCAUGAAGAGGACUACGACGAUGAAGACUACGGCGACUACGAUGGUGAUGGAGAUCUCGAAAUGACUGACGACUCGCCUGGUGAACAGCGCGGAAGUCAGAAGUUCACGCACCAGGAGCUGCUCGAUCUCAACAAUCGAGUAGAGAAGAACCUUAAGAUCAAGUGGAGCAAGAUACCAAUCUUCAUGCGCAAGAGCACCCACGACAUCCUAUUCAACGCCGCGCUGCUCAGGUAUACCUUCAUCGACCCAGAUCUGCAGCUCCCGUUCUACUUCCGCAAUUACAACACCAUUGCAAAGUCCAACUUCAUGGCCGAGAAAGGCGUCACGCAGCACUUCGACAUCACGCGUGCUAUCUUCUACUACGGCAUCGAUGAGCUCCAUUGCUUCUCCCGGCGCUCUCAUCAUGUGCGGUAUAAUAUCAUCCUGAUGGCUUUCGCAUGGACUUCUGGGUUCGAUACCAAGUACUGCAAAGCGGGCUGCGAGAAUUUCGUCAAGGCGUACAUCAAGGCAUGGAUCGAGGGCCUCGUAUUCGAGCACGAGAUGAUCGACACCCGCGAGCGUGACGCCUUCUUCGGCGAGUGGAAGACUGGACCAUUCGACCUAUACUUCUUCACCGACGGCUACGCCAAGACCAUGAGAGCACGUCUCAGGGCCCAUAGAGAAAGGUUCACGGCUUUAGGCACUAGUCCCCUGGUGUCGGAUUUCCUCCUCACUCUCAAGAAUGGCGAGCUCAGCGAUGCCGCAUUCGAGGAAAAUGGUGCGGCCCUAGCAUUUCAAUGGGCCAUGUCGUAUAUUGCCGAUGCGAAUGGCACUCAAGCAGUCAAGAAUAAGGAACAUGCUGAGAGGGGAGGAUCGGCUGGCUGGAUUGAAGAAGGCUCAAAGACCCUGGGUGAGGUGGAGUGGGACGGUGACCUGGUUAAUGCGGUGCUUGAGGACAUUGAUCCAACGCUGCCAGAUCCGGAGAGUAUCAAGAUGAACAAGCGCGAAGUUGAUUGGGCGGGGGCUUGGAUCACACGGGAUCAGAUCUUCAGGACCAUCUUGAAGCCUGAGGAGGAGGUGGGAGCGCAGUCUCCAGAAGUAGACAUGAUGGCAGAAAUGAUGGCAAAGAUGAUGUCUACUUAG